UGCAGGAGACGGAGGGGACCCGGAGACAACACGUCCCACGCCAGAGCCAGACAAGCCGGGGAACUUUGAUUUGACGCCAAGUGGCAAAGCCCGCGACGAACAUGACGGAGAGAGAGAGCCGCGCUUCUUCGCACCGGGAGGCUUAAGACCAUGUCGGGCGCGUGCAACACAUAUGAUGCCCUUGGACUUGUGCGUUCAACGAAGAAGAUUGAUUUGUUCGUGAUUUCGCUCCUCGUUACGCUGACGGUGCCGCUGCGUUAACGCGCCCGCACUUAAGGUCAGGCGAAUGCGUCUGGAGGCAGUCUGAGCGCAUUGUUUCCACCUCCGAUGCGUAUGGGAUUUCCAGCCGCGAUGUCUGCAAUAUUUCGCUCUUUGUUUCUGGCUCUUUUCAGCCUGCUGUCGGUGGGUGCCCAGACGGAGAUGAAGAAGGUCGUCGGGGACAACGCCACCUUACCUUGCCACCACCAGUUCCCGUCGACCAACUCUAUCGACAUUGAGUGGCUCCUGCUGAAACCAAACUCCAAACAGAGAGUGAUCAUAACCUUCUUCGGGGGCAAGGUUUACACCAAUGAGGCAACGGGCACUGACGCCAGCCGUGUGUCCUUUGCCGGGGAGUACCUGGGCGGGGAUGCCUCCCUGAUGAUCAGUGACCUGCUGUUGUCCGACUCCGGUGAAUACUCUUGUAAAGUUAAAACCGGGGGCAAGUACCACUGGAGCCAGGUCAACCUCAUUGUGCUGGUCAAGCCUUCCAAGCCGACGUGCUUGAUGGACGGCAAACUCCUGGAGGGCAGUGAUGUCAAGCUGAGCUGCAAGUCCAGCAACGGGUCAGAACCCAUCAACUACAAGUGGGAGCGAGUGCUGGACAAAGGCAGGAGCCUGGGCAAGCUGCCAAACCUGGCACUGAUAGAUCUGAAGAACCCAGAGAUGGUGACCCUUAGGAAUCUCACCAUGGACAGCACCGGUGUCUACAGGUGCACAGCACACAACAACGUGGGAGAGGAAAACUGCACAAUCGAAGUUACAAUCCAGCGGGCAAAGAAUGUCGCUAUGGCGGCCGGUAUAGUGGUGGGAAUAUCCCUCGGCGUCCUCAUUGUCCUAUUAAUCAUCUGGCUCGUCUUCCAGAAGAAGGAGAAGAAGAAGUACGAGGAGGAGGAGACUCCAAACGAGAUCAGGGAGGAUGCGGAGGCUCCCAAGGCCAAGCUGGUGAAGCCAAACUCCCUGUCCUCGUCCCGCUCCGGCAGCUCACGCUCCGGGGCCUCUUCCACCCAGUCCAUGGUGCACAACAGCGCCCAGCGUGGUCACCGCCCCCGCCCUCCUGCUGUAGCAGCUCUCAAGGAGAAUGGGCAGCCUCCAGGCUUCCCCCAGUCCCCACCAGCCUACACUACAGUGGUGCCCCCCAAGAACCCCGAGCCCCCUACCACUCCCAAAUUCAACUCCAGGAACAUGUCGGGGCCCACACCCCCAACCCUCAUGGUCCCCGCCCAGACCAAGGCCUUUCAGACUGUGUAGGACUGAGAGCCAAGCCCUUACUGCAGCCAUGUGAGACCCCUUCCCCAUCCCUGCCCAAGCCCCCCUCACCCCUUCCUAAAGACUCUCCCAUAAACACAGAAAUGCAACUAGUUAAAAGGAUGUAAUUAAAAGAAUCAAUACUAUAAAGUCAAAAAGAACUUUUAAUGAAUGCAUACUUAAAAAGGGAAAAUACGACAUGCUUGCCCCCUACUGAAUUACAUAAAACAACAAAACAGAAGAAAAAACAAGACCCGAGAUGCAACUGUUUGUGUCUCUAUGGCUGAAGGCAGAACUUAUUUUGUGAGUUCUUUCUUUUGGCUGUGGGAGGCACAGGGAAGCACUGUGUGCAGAGAGGUGGAAGAAGCCCCCUCGUAGAGCUUUUAUUUAUUUAUCGAAUCAAAGGGUUGGGCAUACAGAGGAGAGGAAGAGAGAAGGAGAGAAGGCUGGAUAAUAAGGUAGAUCAGAACUCUGAGCCAAUGGAGUCAUACAGCAUGUUGAGCUUCACUUGUCAACAAAUGCAAGAUGGAGAGGAAAACAGAGGAAGAAAACGGACAUCGGACUGCCACAGAUUUUUUUUCCUCUGUGGGAGGAGGGGGCUGGGGGAGGCAUGCGGCGAUUCUGUGAUUCAUGUCACCCCGCACCUCCGACUCACUGCUUCCAGCACCUGCUCUGAAACCACAAACCUCUCCGCCUCCCAUGGGCCGGGCCGAUUGUGCCCAUCCAUGUGGACAGACACAGUGCGUGGCAUGUGCAUCAUCUGCCUCAGUGCUCUCGGUCUUUUUCGUGCGCUCAUAAAGAACCUGCCAGAUACCACAGCGGCCCCGAGACUGACUCAGCCGGCUCGCAAACAGCUCAUCUGCUUUACCAAUCAGCAGGGGGAGACUUCAGGUACACGGAUGUAGCACUGGCAGUGGAGUCCAAGUCCAAUGGAGUUUGUAACCCCCUCCCACAUCCUGUCUACAUCAAUGGACUUCCUUUUUCUGGUACUGAAUAUACUCCCUGAAUUUAAAUAGUAUAUAUUAGGCCUAUAGCAAGUCAUUUAAAUAUAGGGGAUAAGCAUCUAGUAGCCAAGCUGGACUUGUUUUUCUUUUUUCUUUCGGGUUUCCUGUGUCUCUUCUCGUUGAACAGGUUGUAAAGGGUGACAGACAGCCAUGUGUCCAUUCAUCCAUUUGAAGAAGUGCCACCAAUCCCUAGGAUGGGUUAUUAUCAUUGCUUUUCUUUUUUUUUUACUCUUACUACAUUUCUGAAGUGAAACCAAAAUCUGUUACCAUGAAUGUGUGAUGUACAAUGAUGGUGGAUCCCAUUACAUUCAGCCUCCUAUAAGGUACUGAAUCAAUAUUCGAGCUAAGGCACAAAGAAUUGACCUCGACAUUCAAUUUUACAAAGUCUGAAUGGAUGGAACACGGAGUAUGAUUCUGGAGACUUAAAUUGUGUCGGGCGUGUAUGGUAUCAUUGUCAGUACUCUCCCUGGAUCCAUAACAAUGGAGUGGCACUCGAUUGCUGUCUCGCUGAAUUACGGGGCCCUGCUUGGUUAUUGGUUGAGCCGCGCUAUCGGCCAACCCCCCCCUUUGUCAUAUCCUCCGACAGACCCAGUGCAGUUUGAUUGAAAGUAGCUGAAAAAAGGGCAAGUAGCCUAUCGAGUGUGCCUUUGCAAUCCCUCUUCCUUUUGAUGGUUUCUUUCUUCGUCCUUAUCUUCAGCACACCAGUGGUUAAGUCUCUGGUCACAUCCAGCUUCAAGGGUCAACAGCAGUGAAUACCGAAAGAUACAACUUCACAAACUCGCCCCAGUAAUAAACAGACGCAGCCUUGGCAGCACAAGCAGAGUGAAUUAUCCGUGGUGAGAAAGCAAUCCCGUGUCACGGGACAAUGUAAUGUAUAUUCUGUAAUCAGUCUUGUUUUAUAUUGUACAUACGGAUAGGUAUACGCACAUGAUGUCAUUUAAUUUAACAAAUUAGGGUAUUUGAGGGGAGAUGUAGCCCUUACAAAUGAGUCAAAUGGGAAACCCAAAAGUGAAUUUAAACCGUGUACUUUUACAGAUGCUGUAUUCUGAGUGAAUUCAUGUGAAACAAACAUUAUCACAUGUAUGGAGGUGUAGGAAAGUGAAGAAAAAAAGGCAUCUUGCUCAGUCCAAAGGAAGACACUCGGUCUUUACGACUACACACCAAAUUCUGUUGAGAUGUUCCAUGGAUUUUAUUGAUCCUGUGGGAACUAUUUCAUUUGAUUAAAGGGACCCGGUGACCUUUCUGGAGGCAUUGCCGCUGGCUCAAGAAUUUCCCUUGACCAGCAUUUUGGUCAAUAACGACUUAUCUUUAAAAAGUCACUUCCAGAUGACCACAGAAUCUGCUGUGAGUAUUUAUAGUCGACACAUGAUGAAUAUUGUUCGGUGUAACCCUGACCUUUAACCUUGUAUUCCAUCCAGCUAAAAUUUAUGCACACGAUAUAUCAAACCCAAUAGGCAGAUUGCCAUGAAAUGAAGUGAGCAUGUUAAUAUUAUCAAUAUAAAGUGUUUUUUAUGUUAAUGGUUCUAUGACCCCUCCUCUCAGGACAAACUUAACUCCACUACUGGUUCUAAUAAUCAGUAUGUCUAACACUUUAAUAUUAUAUCCUGUUAUUAAUGUUUCACUAGAGGGAUUUUACUCUUGUUCCACUUUACAAAUCUGAAAAUAGUGAAACCAUUCGAUGAAAAGUGCUGAAAACCAACAUCUGGCUGAAAAGCACAUGUGGUUUGACUUUGACCUGUGGAAUUUCACGUGACUUAACUGUAAGGGACGUUUUCUGGGGAAAAAAUGCCUUUUAUAUACAACUAGAGGUAGCAGCUUAUAUAUGACCAGGGAAGCUACUGGAUGAGUGGGUCUGUGUGUGCGUGCUUGCGUGCAUGCAUGCAUGUCUGUGAAUGUGUGUGAAUGUGUGUGUGUGGGUGUGUGCAUGUAAAUUCAGUAUAAGCCCUUGGGCCACACCCACACAUUCUCAUGUUGGCCAUUCAGUGAGUGAGAAGGAUCCAGUCAGGCAAGGUAACCUCUGUCCAAAUUGAUAUGACUGCAGACUGGCAGUGUUUACUUUCAUUUUCAUUGACUUACAUGUCUACUGAACCUGGCGUCCCAGGCAGCAGUCGUGUUUUUGCUUGUGGGGGUGGCAUCUUGAGACAAAUCACGUCCAUAAUUCAUAACUGUCGUCAGCUCUGGAGGCCACUUGUACGCUCCGUCUCUUCUCUAGCUGUCUCUUAACGUGUAAUGCACUCGGCCAUGGGUGUAAUGAUGGCAUCUAAAGCCUCACGCACACGCACACACACACACACACACACACACAAUACAUACAGGUACACAUGUACACAUGGGUGCACAUGGAAACACAGGCGUGUACUUCAUGUCCACUCACAGAUGCACACAGGCGCACACACAUAAAAGCCCAAAAUGCAAUCCUAGUCAUUUCUGCUCCUUUAGAAUCAAUUUGAUGGAUUGAAUGUCCGGUGGUAUUACGACUGACUGAUGGAACCAGGAUACAAAAUGCAGCCUAGAAAGGGACACACUGCACACACACACAUAUAUAAACAGUAACUGUAACAACACAUACGUGCAUGCCGACACACAUGCACUCAGACGGACAGACACUGCUAUGCAUCUUAAAAAUCUGGGUAGCAUGUGAUUCAAGACCUUUUUUUUCCUCCUGCAAGAGAAGCGCUGGGAAUCAGAAGAGUUAUAACAGGAUUGAUAUUGAGCCAGGCCUGUGGGCUCCUGCCACUGAAGUUCCCCCCACCACAAACGAAAGUAGCGGUGGAGGUGGAGGAUGGGAUGCAAGUCUUCCAGCUGUUAAAUUCCUCCAAGCUUUUUUUUGAUUAUUUUAUUUCCAGCAGCAGCAAGUCUCAGGUGGCAGAUUCCCCCGGUUUAUGAGCCCUCGUGUUGCGUCCCUCCACUCGCUGACAGAUCUGCGAUCGCUCCAACAAAUUCAUUUUAAGGAGCUUUGGUCAGUUCAGUCGAGGGUGGAGGAGGAAAAUCUUAACACACGACGAGUGUCAGCAGCACAUCCAAAAUCAUCCUUGAAAACUGUAUCCAUCAGCACGAUAUAACGUCUUAUUAUCGACACUCAGCGGUGCAGUAAACAUGAAAUCGUUAAUGGUUAUCCUGCAGAUAUGAUAGAAGUACGAAUCUCACGUAGCCACAGGGUUUUAUGUUCUAUUAAGCAAUUUUAUUUCUGAUUGAAGCUGUUGAGUGGGACAAAGCGACUCAGACUUUGUGGUUAAUCCUUGUGUCUCGAUAUAAAGGAAUGUGAUGUAUCAUUACUUUUAAGAGAGGAGAGUCAACCCAGUGGAAGAAAGCAAAGGUACCUGCAUGUCAUAGAAGAUUGAGCAGAUGAACGGGAAUGCUUUGCUUUGAUGUAACAUAACAGUAUUAGGCUAAAAAUAAAAAAAAUUAAAUCUACAAUUGUAAAUAUACUCACAGAAAAAUUUUAUGAAGCUUUAUUUUUGUCUUCAUUCGUUUGAUUUUUUUUUUUUCCAUCCAUGUACUUUGCACUUUUUUGUGUGCUAUACACUCACCUCGGCCUGUUAGGGCUGCGUGUGGUUGGCUGUUUCUCUUGACCGCAUUGUUUUGAUGUCAGGGACAGACACGCUCAGUGCGGCGUUACAAAAGGGAAAUAUAAUACACCUUUGUUUUCUGUACACUCAUCUGUUUUUUCUGCCGUGGCUUCUUUUUUGGUUUUGUAAAAAAAAAAAACAGUACAGUUUUUUUUUUGUUGGUUUGAUGAAAAACAAUCCAUGUAAAUAUCACAAGUAAAAAAUGUAUAUUUUUACGACUUCUGAGUUAUUACUCUUUCAUUUGCAAAUAAAA